GCCAUAAAAGUGAUGAAACAUUCUUGCGUAAUAGGCCUCUUGGUAAAAAGAAGGGAAACACAAAUACAUUUGGAUUCAUGAAUGCACACUGCCCUGGUUUUGACCUCACCACACACUACAGGAGGCACCUCACAGAUACCCUUUUUAUUCCAAAAGGAGGUACAACUACCCAUCAGAGAAAAUGAAGAUUUUCAGAUUGAUGCUAGUGAUGGCUGUUGGCUUUCCUGUUUUGAGUGGCAAAGAAAUACAAAAGUCUACUCUCAAGUUGUCCGGAUGUCCCAUUCAAGGCUACAAGGCAUGGUUCAAAGUGGGCCCAUACUGUGCCCAACAUUUCCAUCAGUCACUUGGAUUUGGUAAGGCUGAGCUUAGGUGCAGAGGGGAGCAUGCAGAUGGCCAUCUCAUAUCUGUUCAUAAUGGCAAAAUGAAUGAUGAACUGAAAACUCUCACUGGAUCUUGGUACAGUGAGGCCUGGAUUGGAGGAUACAAGAUACCUUGUACCAAUGACUUUGCAUGGACUGAUGGCUCCAAGUGGGAUUACCAUAACUGGGUCCCAGGGCAACCUGACGGCAGUUCUGACUGCGUUCAGAUCAACUGGCACACUCCUGGCAUGUUUGAUGAUGCAGACUGUUGUGACCAGCGUUCCUACGUCUGUGCCUUCCUGAUAAAGUAGUGGGAAGAUGGAGGAUGCUGUGAUGAAGAUGUCUACAAAAUGCAGUGCUAUGCCAUGUGAAGUGCCUUUCUACUUUCUGAUUUAGAUUACGGUUUGAUAUGCCACCGCCUCCAAGAAUAGGUUGCUUGUCGGUUUGAUAAACAAUUUCUUACCAAAGCCAGACUUACCGUGUCCUCUUCAUGUAAUAUAACACCAAAGAUUAAUGUUGUUCAUUAAGUCUGAUAUAUCACAAUAUUACUCUAACUGUGAUAUAUAAUUUAUUGAUUGCAUCAUAAAAAAGAGGAGGGAAAAAAUAUCAUUUUAUGUGCAUAUGUUGUUGUUAUAAGUCACCAUAGGAAAACAUUAGUGUAUAGAGUUGAUUGAGAUGACUAGCAGAUGUUGAUUAAACACACAUGCAUCUACUCUAUUAAAUAAAGAUCAUAUUCACCCUUCA